UUGUAGAACUCACCACAUCAUCCGCCCCAGUGUGUGUUUUUAGGUGAAGAAAGCAGAGUGAGUGCUGUUUGUUCUUGGUGAGAGAAAGAGAGAGAGAGAGAGAUUCACGCACGAAUCGCUAGGUAAAACUUAGAAUUUCUGUGUAGCAAUGGAUUCGGAUUAUGGAGUUCCAAGAGAGCUUUCUGAUCUGCAAAAGAAUCGAUCUCUGUACAAACCUGAGCUUCCCCCUUGUCUUCAGGGAACAACUGUGCGAGUAGAAUUUGGUGAUGCAACUGCUGCAGCUGAUCCUUCAGGUGCUCAUGCCAUUGCUCGUUCUUUUCCUCACACUUAUGGUCAACCAUUGGCUCAUUUCCUCAGAGCAACAGCUAAAGGAUCUAAUGCUCAGAUCAUUAAUGAGCACCCUGCAGUAAAGGUUGGGCUGGUUUUUUGUGGUAGACAAUCUCCUGGAGGACAUAAUGUUGUUUGGGGACUUCAUGAAGCUCUCAAAAGUCACAACCCUAAAAGCACUUUGCUUGGAUUUCUUGGUGGUUCUGAAGGUUUAUUUGCUCAAAAAACUCUUGAGAUCACAGACGAUAUUCUUGCAACCUACAAAAAUCAAGGUGGUUAUGAUCUAUUGGGAAGAACAAAGGACCAAAUAAGAACCACAGAGCAAGUAAAUUCUGCCAUGGCUGCAUGCAAGGCCUUGAAUUUAGAUGGUUUAGUCAUUGUUGGAGGUGUAACAUCUAACACAGAUGCUGCUCAACUUGCUGAGACUUUUGCUGAAGCAAAGUGCUCUACAAAGGUGGUUGGAGUACCUGUUACCUUGAAUGGAGAUCUUAAGAACCAAUUUGUUGAAGCAAAUGUUGGUUUUGAUACUAUCUGUAAGGUUAACUCUCAACUCAUCAGUAAUGUCUGCACAGAUGCUCUUUCUGCUGAAAAGUACUACUAUUUUAUCCGACUCAUGGGUAGGAAGGCAUCUCAUGUUGCUGUGGAGUGCACUCUCCAGUCACAUCCUAACAUGGUUAUUCUUGCUGAAGAAGUUGCUGCUUCAAAGCUUACCAUUUUUGACAUAACAAAACAGAUUUGUGAUGCCGUGCAAGCUAGGGCAGAACAAGGCAAGAAUCAUGGAGUCAUCCUACUCCCAGAAGGACUUAUCGAAAGCAUUCCAGAAGUUUAUGCACUUUUGCAGGAAAUUCAUAGUCUUUUGAGACAAGGAGUUUCUGCUGAUAAAAUAUCAACACAACUCUCACCUUGGGCUUCUGCUUUGUUUGAAUUUUUGCCACCCUUUAUUAGGAAACAGAUUCUCCUCCACCCUGAGUCAGAUGACUCAGCUCAGUUGUCUCAGAUUGAAACAGAAAAGCUUCUUGCAGAACUUGUGGAAGCAGAAAUCAACAAGCGACUGAAAGAAGGUACAUACAAGGGGAAGAAGUUCAACGCCAUCUGUCACUUUUUUGGGUAUCAAGCUCGAGGUUCUUUACCAUCAAAAUUCGAUUGUGACUAUGCCUAUGUGCUCGGACAUAGUUGUUACCAUAUUCUAGCAUCUGGUUUAAACGGUUACAUGGCAACUGUCACUAACCUCAAGAAUCCUUCAAACAAAUGGCGUUGUGGUGCUGCUCCAAUAACAGCUAUGAUGACAGUGAAGCAUUAUGGGCGUGGGUCAGGGUCAGGGGCCAUAACACUUGGGAAACCUGUAGUCCAUCCUGCUACUGUGGACUUGAGAGGCAGAGUAUACGAGUUGCUUAGACAAAAUGCAACAAGAUUCUUGAUGGAUGAUGUGUACAGAAACCCUGGGCCCCUUCAGUUUGAUGGGCCAGGUGCUGAUUCUAAAGCUGUCAGCUUGUGUGUGGAGGAUCUUGAUUACAUGGGUCGUAUUAAGGAAUUAAACGAAUAUCUUGACAAGGUGAGAACGAUAGUGAAACCAGGGUGUUCUCAGGAUGUUUUGAAGGCGGCUUUGAGUGCCAUGUCAUCAGUGACAGAUAUUCUAUCUGUCAUGACCUCACAGCGGUUGGAGUAGUGGAAGUAGUACAAGUUGAGGAUCUUUUCAACUCAUUGUGUGUACUCUUCUUUCAGGUUUUCUAUAUUUUCUCAAAAUUUUAGUGAGUAUGAGUUUUCUUUUCAGUUUUAAAGGCAAAACAGUUAGAUUGCAACUACUUGGUUUUCGUUAUGUUUUUGUGUGGAAUCUUUAUAAUUACAAUUAAUGUUUGACAUUUUUUUUGGUCAA